CGUAAAGGGAACAAGGAAAACGAAAAUGAAAACGAAAGCUAAUGCAAUUGAUUCGAAAGUAAAUUAUCGGGUUUUAGAAGCACGAUUUAUGUUUUAGACGAUUAAGGUUUUUUUUAAUCGUCGGGGGUUUUUUUUUAUACUUCUAAGCUCCCUCCUACUGUUGAAGUUGCACCCCUGACUGAUACUUUCUCUCUCUCUCUCUCUCGCUGGAGCUGCUACCUUACUCUUAUACAUAUCGAAGUGUGGAGGGAAUAGUAAUUCAAGCGCAAGGCUAGCUUUUCGAGAGAAGAGAAGAGAAGAGAAGAAAGAAAGAAAGGAAGGAAGGAAGGAAGGAAGGAAAAAAAACAAAAUGCGCACCGAUCCGAAUAUCAUCGUCACGGGCACGCCUGGCGUCGGCAAGACGACGCACGCGGAGGUGCUGGCGGAGCGGACGGGGCUGCGGCACGUCUCGGUGAACCAGGUGGUUAAGGAUAGGGAGUGUCAUGAGGGUUGGGACGAUGAGUAUAAGAGCUGGGUUGUCGAUGAGGAUAAGCUGCUCGACGCGCUGGAAGAAGACAAUGUCAAGGCCGGCGGCUGCAUUAUAGACUGGCACGGCUGCGAGAUCUUCCCCGAGAGCUGGAUCGACCUGGUGGUGGUGCUGCGGGUGGACUCGAGCACGUUGUACGACCGGCUAUCGUCAAGGAAAUACCCCGAAGUCAAACUCCAGGAAAACAUAGACUCGGAGAUCAUGGAGGUGCUGCUGCAGGAGGCGCGGGACAGCUACGACGAGCACAUCGUCGUCGAGCUGACGAGCAACUCGACCGACGAGAUGGAGAGCAACGUCGAUCGCAUCGAGGCGUGGAUUAGGCAGUGGAAGCAGGAUCGUGCUGCGGAUGGGGGGCAGUAAGGGGCGGUAAGGG